UCACAGAGCAGCCUGAGAGUGCUCACUCACUGCGGCGACGACGACCAUGGAGCGCAGUGGAGGCUCCCUCUGUGCUGCAAACUUUUAACGUUUUUCCACCGCUUCGGCCACCGACGGGGGCAGCAGCUUUUGAAGGAGUUAUGGGGGAAAUAGAGGGUUCGUAUCGGGUCCUGCAGACCCCUGGCACAAGACUGGGUGCCCAGUUCAACGCUGGGAUCAGCACCUUGGAGCCGGGCCAAAGCCUCAGCGGCAACAUGGUGGUUAGCGGGAGCAAAAGCCAUGGGCGAGGCCUCCAGGUCCGCGUGCAGGGACUGGACGACUCCCAGGAGUUCUUUGACCUGGAUCCCAAAUCUCUUGGACAGACCCUUCUCUCUGAGGUUUUCCACAGAGGUAACCUCAUCGAGAGUGAUUACUUUGGCUUGGAGUUUCAGAACAUGCAGAUGAACUGGGUUUGGCUGGAACCAACAAAACCUGUUGCAAAGCAAGUCAGAAGACCGGCCAACACACUUUUAAGACUUUCAGUAAAGUUUUUCCCACCUGACCCAGGGCAGCUGCAGGAGGAGUACACCAGGUAUCUAUUCUCUCUGCAGAUGAAAAGAGAUCUGAUGGAGGGCAGGUUGAUCUGCACAGAGAAAACUGGAGCAUUGCUGGCCUCCCACCUUGUUCAGUCGGAGAUUGGAGACUAUGAUGAUGUAGCAGACAUGGAUUUCUUGAGGACAAACAAGCUGUUGCCUUACCAAGACAAAGUGCAAGAGAAGAUCAUGGAGCUCCAUCGCAUACAUCUAGGCCAGACUCCUGCUGAAUCAGACUUCCAAAUCCUGGAAAUCGCCCGUAAACUGGAAAUGUACGGCGUCCGCUUCCACCCAGCAGCUGAUCGGGAGGGCACCAAAAUCAAUCUGGCUGUCGCUCACAUGGGGCUUCAGGUUUUUCAGGGCAACACUAAAAUAAACACCUUCAACUGGUCUAAGAUUCGCAAACUGAGCUUCAAGAGAAAACGGUUCCUGAUCAAACUCUACACAGAGGUUCAUGGCCCCUAUCAAGACAUUCUUGAAUUCAUGAUGGCCAGUCGAGACCAGUGUAAAAACUUUUGGAAGAUCUGUGUGGAGUACCACUCAUUUUUUCGCCUGUUUGAUCAGCCAGUGCCCAAAUCCAAAGCAAUCCUUUUCACUCGAGGCUCCUCCUUCAGAUACAGUGGACGGACACAGAAGCAGCUUGUGGAAUAUGUCAGAGAGAAUGGAGCAAAGAGAACCCCAUACCAGAGGAGAAACAGUAAAGUAAGGAUGUCUGCUCGCUCCUUUACAAACGAUGUGCCAAAACAGAACUUGUCAUUCAGUGAUAGUCCCAGAGACCUAGGCUUCCCUCCCUCCAUUGCUGAGUGCUUCAGUCCGGUCCACACGUCAAGACUUCUUCCUCGAACUGAACUGCCUCAUCAACCCUUACCUGUGUCCCCACUGAGCCAGUCGUCGGCACCUCCUCAACAGCCACUACAGUCCCCUCCGCAAGCCACUAGACCCCCCAGCCCUCCGAAGGAAGAUCCUGCCAAGGCCGCUUCCCCAUCGCACUUCUCGUUUCAAGAUUCAGUGGUGGACAAUCCUCAGCUCUCGCCCCUCGCCUCCAAGGAUUCCCUCUGCCUGUCGCCCUCCUUCCAGUUGUCGACCCUCAGCCUGCCCAGCCAGGCCCCGUCCCCCCUGCACAGCCCCAUCCUGAGCGAGGUGGGCAGCACUGCCAGGCUAGAGGAGGAGGAGGAGGGCAGGAGGAAGCGAUAUCCCACCGACAAGGCCUACUUUAUUGCCAAAGAGAUUUUGACCACAGAGCGAACGUACCUGAAAGACUUGGAGGUCAUCACUGUGUGGUUCCGUAGUGCUGUGAUCAAAGAAAACGCCAUGCCCGAGGGCCUGAUGACCCUCCUCUUCUCCAACAUCGACCCCAUUUACGAGUUCCACCGAGGCUUCCUGAAGGAGCUGGACCAGAGGCUGGCUCUCUGGGAGGGGCGCUCAAAUGCUCAUGUUAAAGGAGAUUACCAGAGGAUCGGUGAUGUGAUGCUGAAAAACAUGUCUGCUCUUAAGGAAUUUACCAGCUACCUGCAGAAACACGACGAGGUUCUAACCGAGCUGGAGAAGGCCUCCAAGAGGCUGAAGAAGCUGGAGACGGUCUACAAAGAGUUUGAGCUACAGAAGGUGUGCUACCUGCCCCUCAACACGUUCCUGCUCAAACCCAUCCAGCGUCUGAUGCACUACAAGCUCAUCCUGGAGAGACUCUGCAAGCAUUACUCCCCCGCUCACCGGGAUUACAGGGACUGCAAGGAGGCUCUGAAAGAAGUGGCAGAGAUCGCCACGCAGCUUCAGAGCAGCCUCAUUCGCCUGGAGAACUUCCAGAAGCUGACAGAGCUGCAGAGAGACCUGAUCGCGAUUGAGAACCUGACGGCACCGGGCCGGGAGUUCAUCCGAGAGGGCUGUCUGUACAAGCUCACCAAGAAGGGGCUGCAGCAGAGGAUGUUUUUCCUGUUCUCAGACAUGCUUCUCUACACGAGCAAAGGAGUCACAGCGACCAAUCAGUUCAAAGUACACGGGCAGCUGCCGCUUCACGGCAUGAUCGUAGAGGAAAGUGAAAAUGAAUGGUCGGUGCCGCACUGUUUCACCAUUUAUUCUGCUCAGAGGACGAUUGUUGUGGCUGCCAGCUCUAAAGUGGAGAUGGGGAAGUGGAUCGAGGAUCUGAACAUGGCCAUCGACUUGGCCAAGAAGUCUCAGGAGAAACCCAGUGUUUUCCUGGACUCCGGCCUCACUGAUCACUCCAACCGAUCGUCCGAUGAGGUUUCUCUAGAGCAGGAGUCGGAGGAUGACAUGAGCUCCUCUCGCACGUCUCUGGACAAGCAGACGCACCACCGUGCCAACACAACCAUGCAUGUGUGCUGGCACCGCAACACCAGUGUGUCUAUGUCUGACCACAGCCUGGCUGUGGAGAACCAGCUGUCCGGUUACCUCCUGAGGAAGUUCAAGAACAGCAACGGCUGGCAGAAACUCUGGGUCGUUUUUACCAACUUCUGCUUGUUCUUCUACAAAACCCACCAGGAUGACUUCCCUCUGGCUAGCCUCCCCCUGCUCGGCUACACGGUCAGCACCCCCGACGAGGGCGACGGCAUCCACAAGGAGUACGUCUUCAAGCUGCAGUUCAAGUCGCACGUUUACUUCUUCCGAGCGGAGAGCGAGUACACCUUCGAGAGGUGGAUGGAGGUGAUAAAGAGCGCAGCGAGCACCACGGGCCGGAUGAGCCUGCUCAUACCUAAGGGUGGUCCCGUGGAGAUGAACGGAAAGUGAGCAGGGUGUUCUGAACCCGGGGGCUGGGCCUCUGGGGCGUCAUCGUAUCAAUAUUAAGUAAAGAUUUUGAUUUCUAACGAAAGGAGAUGGACUGAAACGGCCAGAAUAAGUGUUGUUGAUUUUUUUUGCUUCUUUCUAAUGGUUUGUGCAUUAUUUUUCAAAUAGUGAUUUAAAUGUUAACGUACGCCUCAGUAUAAGGGAUAUAAUGAAAGGGAGACUUGUACAUUAUAAAUUGUUUGCAUGUUUUAGAGCUGAGUUUGGUUAUUUUGCGUAGACUGAAGGGAAAUGGUUAGUGUAAUGGGACCAGCCUCCAUGCAGAGGGUUUAUUUUGAUGCCGUUUGAAGAACCGCCUGCAUCACGACUGAAGUUUUUGACGGCGCUGCAGAUGAAACCGUACGUGAAUCGUGAAGGUGCAACCGGUACGUGCUCUGUUCCGUGCUCCUCUUGCCUGGGAGCACGAGCGUGUGACACAUGAAGGUGAGCGGGAAGGUAACGAAUAAAAUGUGAAAAACAAAGUGGAAGACGAAACAAGUUGGGAAGUUCUGUCAGAUUUGUGCUGCACUUCUGACUCAGCUGAUAUUUAAACUGCUGCUUUAAGCAGGAUUUUUGUUUUUACUUUAAGGUUUAUUUGCAGCCGGGAUUUAAAAAAUAAAUAAAAAAGGAAGGAAGGGGAAAAAAAGCACCUGCUCUGAUUAAAACGCCUGAUUAGUCGCGGUCAGUUUGGUGCUACAUCUGUUUUAUCAAAUGUAAUAAGAUUUAUUUUGCGUAGAGAUAAAAACUCGAGGAAAAACUGCUCAGUUGGUCUCUGUGAACGUUUCGCUCUGAAAAGCUGAAGAACAUGUUUUGAAGUGAUGUUUUGUUUUAGAUAAACUGGAGCUGAUUUAAUUGCCUGUGCUACAUCAACUCCUUAUAUUUGGUCUGUAUUUUCUGUGGAGACUGGAAUCUUCUGUGUGUUACUGUGUUCAUGUGGAGACGCCAUGUUGUCCCUAGCCUCUGCAGGAACCAGGAGGCUGUCUGAGUCCCGCAUGUGUUAAAGACUGACUUUGUUGCACAGAUAACACGCAGCAUGUUAACGUUCUGCCCCUAAAACACCCUGAUGUAGACUUCAUGUUAUUCCUUUGAAAACAUAAAUAAAACUGAGUUUAAAUCUGA